AUGAAGGCAAUAAUCCAACGUGUGCUCUCUGCGUCUGUGACGGUGGAAAAAGAGCUUGUGUCGUCCAUUGGCCGAGGCGUGCUCGUGUUUGCAGCGGUUGCGCCUGGUGACACAGAAAAGGAGGCUGAUUCACUGGCCAACAAGGUUGUCAAGAUGAAGCUUUGGGAUGACGAAGACGGAGGACGAUGGAAAAGGAGUGUAACAGACAUUGAGGGCGAGGUUCUGUGUGUAUCUCAGUUUACCCUGUUGGCAAAGACGAAGAAGGGCACCAAGCCAGAUUUUCACGGCGCGGCGAAUCCCGAAGAGGCGAGCCGGCUGUAUCACUACUUUGUCCAGAAGGUCAAGGACAUGUACCAGGUGGACCGAGUCAAGGACGGUAAAUUCCAGGCCAUGAUGGAGGUUGCCCUUGUUAACGAUGGACCGGUUACUUUGGAGCUCCAAGCCGGCGCACCAGUGUCUGAGAGGUAG